UUGGUUUGAGAGAAACCUGUUGUUGUAACAGAAUAUUAACACCGAGGAAGAAAUAACCUCCACGACAUCAUAGAGAUGGAGCACACCGAGGUGAUGAAGCCACAAACUCUGGAUGAACUGAUACAAAUCCUGAAUAAAAUCUUCGAGAGUGAUUGUGUCAAUAUUGAGGAGGUCCAGAAUAUCAUGGAAUCGUAUGAGAGCAAUCCCCAGGAAUGGAUGAAAUAUGCCAAGUUUGACCAGUACAGAUACACAAGAAACUUGGUUGAGGAAGGCAAUGGAAAGUUCAACCUCAUGAUUCUGUGCUGGGGAGAAGGCCACGGCAGUAGUAUCCAUGACCACACAGACUCCCACUGUUUCAUGAAGAUGCUGCAGGGUCAGCUGAAGGAGACGCUGUUCGAGUGGCCGGACGGUAAAUCACAAGGAGAUAUGGUCCAGAAGUCACAGAGAAUUCUCCAGGAAAAUGAGGUCGCUUACAUAAAUGACACCAUUGGCCUGCAUCGUGUGGAAAAUGGCAGCCACACAGAGUGCGCAGCCAGUUUGCACCUGUACAGUCCCCCAUUCAAGACCUGCCAGACCUUUGACCAGCGUACGGGGCACAGGAACACUGUUAAGAUGACCUUCUGGAGCAAAUACGGAGAGAGGACUCCAUUUGAGACCACAGUCUCACAAGAGAACAACUAAUGGUCACCAAAGGAGGUUCUGUAUGAUGAAGACAGUUGCAGUUAAAAUGACAAUGUUGUGAAAUCGAUUCAAGGGAAACUGCUGGGGAAGCGAAAUGUGGACCUACUAUGACUAAGCAACCCAUUUAAAAUCAGCAGCGGGCUGGUUCAAAAGGACAACCCAGUAAUUAGAAUGGCUUUAUAGCUGCCCAGUGUGAGCUUGGCAAAUACUGAUGAGCACAGGACGAAUGCAUGAAUAGGCUUGGACAUGGAUUGAAUCUGCCUUUUGUUUGCUAGGCCAGAGGAGACCCUUUUCCAAUAACAGCAUUCCUGUCUAUCCAUGACCUGCAAAGCCACACUUUUGUAAAGUUAUGGCCCAUAGUCAAAGAGUACAACUUUAGCAUUUCAAAGGAAGAAUAUUGCUCUUAUAGUGUUUCUCUUGAAUUAUAUAUAUCUCAAGAAAAGGAAAACAUUUCUGCAAUCAACAGUUUUGUUCUAAAUGGAGCACUUUUAUAUGUGUAUUUACUGUCUGAUUUAUACCACUCAAAAUAGUCUUAACACCUGUUGGAAAUGUUAUGAAAUGAAACAUUGUUUGUACAGUCUGAUUAAAAAAAGUUGCCAUUUGGAAAAAAAAUGUAAAGCUUUAGAGUUGUGUUGUUUUUAAAAGUGUGAUACUUGUAAUUUAUUUGCAGGGUAUUCUGUUCAUUAAGAGUUUAAAUCAACAAGCUACCGUGUUACGCAUAAAUGUAUUCACAAAUUUUGACUAAGAGUCUUGAGGAGGAGGACUAUUUUGUAUUAUUCACACACAAUAUGUUAAGAUAAAAAUCGUACUUUUUUUUCUCAGGAUUUUGGCAUGUUUUAAUUGUAGCUGUAUUUAUAUAGUGUGUAGUUCUCCAGCAUAGCAUGUCAUUAGCACUGCCAAUCCAUGCAUGAUUUUGUGAUACAGUAAAUGAUAAAUAUGACCAUAACUGUAGAUCAUUAAACACCAAUUACACUUUCACAGAACUU